AUGUCCGAUGAAAGGAGAAAAACUAAUAAGCAUUGCACAGGAACUGUUCCAAAAGCAAAAUAUCGUAAUAAUACGGGCUAUUCAGUGAAUCAGCGUGAAAGUUCGGGAAGCCUGACAAAUAAUCUGGCGUCAGAUUUGCAUCAUUCUGACCAUCAAAACUUCAUUAGAAACCCUAGAAGAAACCCAAGGAAUAAUUAUUUUCCAAUGGACACAACGGUGGAUGAAAAUCAAGCAAAUGGUCAACUAACUCCAAACUCCUCGUGUGAUUCAAGAAGAAACUCAUCCACAUUAAAAUGUGAUAAUGUCACAAAAUAUCCAGACAAAAAACAAAUUGAAGACAAACUUUCACAAAUUCGGGAGUAUUUACGUAUAACAUCAUCCCUUAUGGCCACUAUGAAAAACACUGAAGAGCAGUUAACAAAUUUUUCAUUGGGUUCACCGCAGGAUGACACUGAAGUAGAAAGUGUGAUUAGAAUGAAUAAAGAUUUAAAAGAUAGUGAAGCAAAGUUAUUAGAUAUACUAGAAAGUAUGGAAAGGGAGGAAAAUUCAGGGGUGCAGAUUGUCGAAGUAAACGGCAGAGACAAUGUCUCGGAACCGAGCACGAGCUCUAGAAACAACGACAAUUCGGAAAGACAGGAAUUCGAUGCGAUCAGGGAGGAACAAAUGAUGCUGCUGAAGCUGCAGCAAAGCGCGGAAAAUAAGCUGCGAGACGCGAGACUUGCUCAAGAAAAACUACGGAUGGCUCAAGUCGGUAACGAAGUAAAAAACUCGGCCAACAAGAAGCGCGAGUGCGUGAGCGAAGAAGACUUCGACGAGGCCAUCAAAGAGCUGGAGGAGCGCGCCAAAAGACUCAACGAACCGCGAGUCCCGAACUCGCAAUUCCAGGACAAGUUCAUACAGGACGUCGACGCGCUGCAGAGCCAAAUAAUGAUCAUGCACGACGCGAACGAAGAGAGAUCGCAGCUGAUUGAGGUUUUGGACAAUAGAGAUCAGGAGUUGAGGUCGCAACACGUCGAGUUGCAAAAUAAGUUGCAGGAUUUGCAAAACAAAAAGCAACAGGUUGAUUUGUUGGUCGCGCAGAUGCAGAGCUUCGACGGUCCGGAGGUCGAAGACGACGUGGGCGGGCAAGUGCGGAAGAUAGUGUCGAUGAAGGACCAGCUGAACAAGCUCAAGGACAUGCUGGAAAUAGUGAAAACGACCGAGAAUGUCGUUCAAAACUCCAACGACUCUCAAGAAGCGAACGAGUUGGCGUGCGACGUUUGCACGAAGGCGGAAAAUUUCUUGCAGAACGACUUCCGCAACGUCAAGGCCAGACCCAACCCGCAAAACGACAGCAACAUGCUGCGGUACGACAACAACACCAACGAAAACAGGCAGAAGCAAGUCAACAAGAACACCAGGGAGCAGCAGAGUAGGGGGGGCAAGUCCAGGACCACCAGCAUUAACGAGUUGGAGGCCAAGAAACGGGAGCUUGAAGAUCUCAUGGGGAAACACAAAGCUGGAACAUCAAAUUUAAACCACGACAUCGGGGCUGACACGAAAUCGGACUUCAGUUGCAAUAACUCUAUAAAUGAGGGUGUAUGGGUACCUUUAUCGCACCUACCCAGCCAAUCAAUGUCCAGCAACCAUCUGUCAAGCGACGAAUGUCAAGACGACGUGAACGAAUACUCGGAAAUCCCGGAAAACCUUCACCACUUGUCGCAUCAUCAGCCGGCUUUUUACCCGAUGCCGAACCAACCGAGGGUGGAUUACCCGCCCUCGAAUUACGAGGCGACCAGGCGAGUGCAGUCGGGCACGCCCGAACGCAACGUUCGGGGCAGCUCGGCCAGCACCUCCACCGUAUACGCGAGGGAGAGACCGCGCACCAACAACGAGCAGCGAGGCAACAAGUCUCAGAUAAACAAACAACUGCAACUCAUUAAGAGCGUUUGCGAAUCGAUGCUGGAACAGCAAACCCCCAACAACAACAACCAGCAACAGCUGCACCAACAGCAACCCACGGUGCAGCUGCGCAACAACCUCACCCCCUCCCCUCUGUACUCGGAGCCGCGGCGCUACGCGUCCCCUCUCGCCGCGGUGACCAACGUGGCAACGGCGCCGGCGCUCGAGGCGCAUCCUCCCUGGACCAACCAGCACCACCAAGAGUUGAACAACUAUCAGGGUUGGCUGGCCACGAACACGCUGCAGACGCAGUCGUUCAUGCUCAACACGCUCAACCAGUGUUGCCAGAUGCUGUGGCUGCAGCAGCGCGAGCUGCACAGCCUGAGGAACACGGUGGCUGCGCUUCAGGACAGGGUGGAUGGCUCAUCAGACACCCUCCCCCCUCUAAACAACCCAAACCCGCCGCCCCCCAAUCCCUACCGCCCGCAGACCCAACCCCCUAAAAUAAACCACGUCGCCGCCGCAUGCUCCCUCCCCAACCUCAACCAGUACAACGCCCACCCCCAGCAGCCGCAGCAACCGCCGCCCCCUCCGCCCUCCAACCUCGACCUGACCUACGUCAACCAGGGCGGCGGCUCGGCGGCGGCGCCGCGCUUGCUAGACCCCGCGUGCGCGAAUAACUCCGCUAACCUAAACUUGCAUCACCACCACCACGACAACGCCGCAAUGCAUCCCAAUAACUCCCAACCUAACAGCGUUGUUAACCAUGCGCAGUUGCCAGGUCAGCUGUGGAACGGCCCGGCUCUGAACAAUCAGGUGCCGCCUGGCAACAGGGCCAACAAUUAUUGGGACAAUUUUCGCAGUUACUCGCGUCAAAACCUACUCUCCACGAAGAACAACGAGGUGCCGCCCUCUGGUAUGGAUCGCUCGAACUCGUCGAGCGACCGUACCAACCCCUUCACUCUAAUGGCCCUGAGCAAAAGCAACUCCGAACACGAAUCCACCAGCACUUCGCAAGAAAAUACCCCUCAAAGACGUCUGCCGUUCAGACACAACGAAACGAACGCGGCGGCCAUCCAGCCGGACGUGUUGAACGUCAACAAUCACAGCCACGCGGGCAAAUUCGGCGAGCAUUCGGACUUGACGGCGACUGCGACGUCGGACAACCUCGACGACCUGCAGCUGAGCUUUCAGAUGCUGUUGAGCAGCUACCACGACGAGGGCGGCUCGAACCACUCGAACGUGUCCGAGGAGCGGACGAGCGGCUCCGAGCGCGCCCGACUGCGCAACGAGUGGAGCGACGACCCGCAAGUCGAGACGCCGCAAAAGUCUAAAUUGUUCGACGAGCUCAGAGAAAACGUUUACAAGGAAGUGGCGUCGCUCAUUUCGGCCAAUGAGGCGCGACCUCAUUUUCUAAUACAGCUGUUCAGAGAUCUGCAAAUGAUCGGAUCGGAUUCGCUGCGCACCAAAAUUCUGCAGUCGAUACAAAACACCAUCACUCAUUCCUUGGUCAGUUCGCAAAAUUUAAACCGACCGAGUACUGAAUCUCACUCAAUGAGUACGGAAAAUAGAUCUGAUUUUCAACCGAAUUCCGUACUGUGGACGAAACCAAGGAAAAAUUCCACUCAAAGAAAUCUUAUAAACAUGGAACACGUAGAAAAUGAUAUUCAAACGGCUUUCAAGGGGGUUGUGCAAUUUUUGAACGAAAAUAACGAAAACGUUAUCGAUCAGGAUUUUAUUAAUUCUUUCAAAAAAAAUUUGUUAGAGUCCGAAUCGUUCCAGGAGAUUUUGUCCGAUAGUGUUUUUCAGAAACACUUUUCGAACAUUUUGAACGAAGUUUUGGGACAAUACACUGGCAAAAAACUUUCAGAUGUCAGAGUGGCUCUUCUGCAAAACCUGGGCGAUUUUUUACGCGGGGAGCUUUCUUUUAUUCAAUUAAUACAGGAAACUAGUCCGGAAAAUUGCCAAGCGAACGUUUCCAACGACAAUGCAAAUGUUCAUUUUAAGUCGCCGUUGUUCGAGCUUCAGAAUAAUAACAGCAACAGCCCGCAGCUUCACAAUGGGGAUCUGGCUGAAGCUGAUCAAAGUAGAGGGGAGGAGGACGAUGCCGAAGAAGAGGGGGCUGUAGGGGGGUACUUGGAGUUGCCCCACGAAAAUGGAGAUUUCCAUAUUGUGCAGUGUAUUUCCGAUGAAAUUGACGUUCCAACUAUAGACUUUGCAAAUAAUGCUGAAGGAUUGGACCAAGUUCCAACUAGGUUACCUACUAGUGUUAGGUCAAGGUCUACAACCCCUAAUAAAGAUUCUAGAGAUGGAGAAAAUUUUUAA